AUCUCUCUCCCCAGUUUCUUCAUCUUCAGUUCUUUUCAUGGAGUCCUUUCAAGAGGGUGUGCGAGACCAUCUACUGAAUGUGGACGUGAUCGAAAAUGGGUGUGAUCCGGAGACGAAAAUACGAGUAAGAAAUCUGACGAAAGAAUCAGACAAGGGUAUUCAAAUACUGGGGAAGAUCAAUCUGGACAUACCGAAAGGGAAGAUCAUGGGGAUCAUUGGACCGAGCGGUAGCGGCAAGUCAACCAUGUUGAGGGCGCUGAAUCGACUAUGGGAGCCACCAACUGGUACUGUUUUUCUGGAUGGUGAUGACAUUUGUGAUCUUGAGGUGCUUGACCUUCGCCGCAAAGUUGGAAUGCUUUUCCAGCUACCUGUCCUUUUUGAAGGAACGGUUGCGGAUAACAUUAGAUAUGGUCCGCAGUUGACAGGGAAGAAACUACGUGACGAUGAGGUGUACAAGUUGCUUAAUCUUGCUGACCUUAAUUCCUCUUUCUUCAACACAUCGGGCGCUGAAUUAUCAGUUGGCCAAGCUCAAAGAGUUGCACUUGCUAGGACUCUGGCAAACAAUCCAGAGGUGUUGCUGCUGGAUGAGCCAACAAGUGCCUUGGACCCAAUAUCAACGCAAAACAUAGAGGAUGUUUUUGUAAAGCUGAAGAAUAAUCGAGGAAUGACUAUCGUUAUGGUCUCUCACAGCAUCAAACAAAUCAAGAGGAUUGCUGAUGUAGUGUGCCUUCUGGUGAACGGUGAGAUUGUUGAAGUCUUAAAGCCUGAUCAACUCUCUGAAGCCAAGCAUCCCAUGGCACAAAAAUUUCUUGAAGUCAGCUUGUGAGAUUCUACUUCUAUGCUUGCAUACUUCACUAUUCUCGUCUCUGGAUGUUCGUAGUCUAAGCCGAAACGGAACCUUGUAUGGUUAAUGAAUAAGAUAAUCGCCGUGUGUAUGUAAGAAUUCCUAUUGAGUUUGACUAAGGAGCGAGCUAAACAAAUGAAUUAGCUAUAUUCAACUCUUGAUAUGCAUAUGGAUGUAUGUUUUAUUUUCAAAACCGGGGAACCUUAUUUAUCAGCAUAGCACCUUCUUCUGUCCUGAAUAAAUUUCCACCGAGUCAAACAGGGCAAUGGUGCUUUCAUGCAGAUUGGUGAACCCAAGUAAGCACAACAUCGAGCACACCCAAUGGUGUUAUUGUCGAC